AUGGACCCUAUCUCGGCUUUCAGCUUCGCCGUUAAUAUCCUUACCGUCGUCGAUAUUUCGGCCAAGUUGAUCUCGACCGCCUCGGAAAUCCGGUCUUCAGGAGAUACUGUCAGCAACAAAGAACUAGCCGCCGACGCUCAACGUCUCAAGUCAUAUUGCCAGAAGUUCUCGUUGGAAACAGCAACCAAGUCAAGCCAACAGAAUGCUACUUCGUCUAUUUCUAGCGAAGACGAUGCAACACUACGACUCCUGGCCUCCGAGGCAAAAGGCAUCGCAGACGAUAUACAGGACAAUCUCCUCAAGCUGAAUAAGCAGCGAAGCUUCAUGCGAGUUUUCAGGCAGUCAAUCCGCAAUACUCGCAAACAACCAGAGAUGAAGUGCAAAGCCGAGCGACUCAAGGAGAUGCAGGACAAGAUUAUAUUCAGCAUUAUUGUCUCACUGCAUUCGAGCGUGGGCACUCUGACGCUGAAAGAUGAUGCCGCACUGGCUCGCCUUGACGAAAACACGAGAAGUCUCAUCCAGACUAUCCUGUCGGGCAACGACACCACACGGGCGAAGAUAGAAACACAAAUGGCCAGCUUGCACACAGAUAUUGCGAAAAACCACGUUGAGAUGAUGGGCUCUUCAGGCCAGCGGCACGACGAAUUGCUCAGUGCCAUUCGGGUUGGGCCAACGCAACACGAAGCCCCUGAACGCGAAAGCGCUGCCGAACACAAGGAACGCGUCACGAGAAGCAUCCUCGAUAAGCUAUGGUUCUCGAGGAUCAAGGACAGGUACGAGGACAUCAAACCGGCACACCAGAAGACCUUCGAGUGGAUAUUCUCAGCAGAAGCCCAGAUGGAAUCCAGCUGUUCAUUCUAUCGGUGGAUUGAGCAAGGUAGCGGCCUCUACUGGAUAAGCGGGAAAGCUGGGACCGGCAAAAGUACAUUGAUGAAGUUCCUAGCAGACCAUGAACGCACAAAGGCGCUGCUUCAGCAUUGGACCAAGGGCCAAGAAUACGUCACUGCGAACUAUUGGUUCUGGGAUCAAAGUCAAGACCCUUUGCAGAAAUCUAUGGAGGGGCUCUACAGAGGGCUUCUGUAUGAUGUUAUCAGUAAGGAAACUUCUUUGGCUCCAUUGCUGUUUCCAGAUCAGUUCAUCCCCGAGAGACAAUGGCAGUUGGAAUUUCCUACUCCGAACGGGCUACGAAGAGCUUUCAACAGACUUGUCUCCAUGGAGGCGUCCACUGUUCUCGUGGUUCUUCUCAUAGAUGGUCUGGACGAAUACGAAGCAACUGAGAUUGAGCAACUCAGUCUUUCGGAAAGCCUCAAGGCUGCGGCGCAGUCGCAUCACAUGAAGAUCAUCGCAUCAAGCCGGCCAGAGACGGUAUUCGAGAAUGCGUUCAAGGACUGUGAUAAGCUCUAUCUUCAUGAGCUCACCUACUCCGACCAAACCUCUUUCACUAAAGACAGCCUGUACAAGCAUGAGCGAAUGCAGUAUCUUGCGAGUUUGCCAGGAGGCAAGGAAGAUGCGGCUGAACUUAUCCGUUCAGCCGCGAAGAAGUCUGAAGGCAUCUUCCUGUGGUUACGCUUGGUCGUGGACUCACUCGUCCAGGAACUGGACGCUUGCGACGUGAUCAAGGAUCUCCAACAUGAGACAUCUUCGUUCACGCCCUGGGAGCGCAUGCUUCAGACGGCCAUCGACCUGCAAGUCGUCAGCAUCAAGGGUGCAGAACAGCUCUCAGACAUGCUCACGAUGUUCAUCAAAGGCGGCGCGGAUCUACGUGUUGUGACGCACGUCAGAAGAUGCGAUGAUCUCGUAGCCAUUGAAGGUUUUGGUGUUCCAGAUGAUCAACAGGUCAAUCCUGAAUACUUGAAACAUGAUCCAUUGGUAGUGCAGGAUGUUGUACGUUACGCCUUCCUCCACGGCAACCUGCCUGCUCUGAUGAGUAGACCUUUCAGCGUACUUAGGGAAUUCGUGCCAUUCCAAGACCUUGAUGCAUGCUGGGGCACCAGUAUGCAUGAGUGGCGAUGGCAGGCUGAGGGUUUAUAUCUUGUAGGAUCCGAUCCCGCGAACGUAAAGCGGGCAGAUGAAAAGGCGAUUCGGGAAUUGGGCCAUCGCUUGCUGGAGCUCAUACAUGUUUCCGGAAAUGCUGAUAGCAAAGUGGUCGAGGACUUGGAUAAUAACGAACAAGAGCAAUAA